AUGAGUACAGGUAGCUGCCCCAGUGGUAACCAUGGCGGUUAUCCUCCAUUUGGAUAUGGGGAUGGGCUAGCUGAAGUCAGGUCUGAUGGAGCUGGGAAUGGAGUUGGCGGGACGGGAGGUGAUCCCGAAGCUUGCGGCAUUGUCUUUUCUUCUACUGAUGGAAAGGCUGUCAUGCAGGACCUCAAUGACCGCUUGGCCAGUUAUAUAGACCAAGUGCGAUGCCUGGAGGCUGAAAAUGCUGAGCUUCAGUCCAAGAUCAGUGAUUUCCAUGCCAAGAACAAGUUGGCUGGGGAAGCGAAGGACUACAGCCACUAUUACCAGCAGAUUGAGGAGCUUCAAAACCAGGUAGGAAUGUCAUCUCUCAGGAACACUCAAAGCAUUCCUGGUGGCCUGCUUUACAUGACAUGAUAAGCCCAACGAUGGCUUGCUGGGGUCAUGUGGAUGUGUGGAUGCCUAGAUAGGGACUUGGAGCCUCUUUGCUUCUCCACAGUCAUUUUUGGUACUGUGCUGAGCUAAGCCAAGGAUUGACUUAGCACAGGCACAGGCUAACUCCAGCCCUCCAGAUGUUUGGUACUAAAAUUCCCAUCAUCCCUGACCACUGGUCCUGUUAGCUAGGGAUGAUGAGACUUGUAGUCCCAAACAUCUGGAAGGCUGGAGUUUGCCUAUGCCUGACUUAGCAUGUUGUACAAACAGGGACUUGUGGCUAAGCUCCACAGGGAUGGCCAAAUCUGUCAAGUUCAGUUUCUCCCUGUUGCUCAUUUUCCCAUUCUUAAUCUCAGUUAUUCACAGUUCUGUAUCAGUCUGUGAUUUAAAUAAACAGAUAAAUAAAUAAAUAAAUAAAUAAAUAAAACACCCUUGUGAAAACCGAGCAGCAUUUUAACCUGAAUUUCUCACAAUAUACACGUUUGUGUGUGUUAUUCUGCCAAAUACACACAUUUUUGUAAAGCAAUUUCUCUGAAAAUAAUGCAUUCUAGUAUGUUAUUUUUAGCAAUAUAUGCAUUUCUGUGGACAUUUGACCCCAGUGUAUGCAUUUUAAGACCCGUCACUUGGCUGGAGAACUGCACUGCAAAGUUCAGAGAGCUGCAAAUUUUGAAGGACGACUGUGCUUUGGUUCUUGUGCUGUUUCAGAAAGCAGAAAUGAGGUAGGCUUGGCUUAAAAAGGGAACCUAAUCAACUUGCUGCCCCAUCCCUUGUCCUCACUAACCACAAGCUGUGGGAAAGAUUUAUCCUUGGCCACAGAUCAUGGUUGGUGAGGACAGUUCUUAACCAUGAAUACUGGUCCGGAUUGAAGGCUAGGCCAAACCAUGGCUUAGCCCAGUAUGGCAUGAGAGCAAAAAGGACUGGGGAGGAACAAAAUGGUUGUUAGCGGCUCUGGGGAAGACCACCCCUUCUUGCUAUCCUGGUGAGCCAUUGAUUGGCUUACCCCAUUGUGUGAACCAGGCCAGUGUGUGCAUUGUAGUUCUUGUGUUGUAGGCAAAGAAAGCCAUCUACCCAAACCAGCUUUUUCAUCAUUCAGCUCUGGGCUUCAUUUUUUGGUCUUUGUAUAGAUCAGGAGAAAUUAACAGAUUCCAUUUCUUUCUCCCAUCCCACCCCAGAUUGUAUGUACAACGGUGGAGAACAACAGUAUAAUUAUCAAGAUUGACAACAAUCACCUGAACGUUGAAGACAUGAAGCACAAGUGAGUUACGCAUCGCUCUGAACGUCUCUUGCCUUUUGAGCCUGAAAUCUUUGUGUCACUAUUAAAUACAUAUUUGCAGAAAACUUGGAUUAGGUUGGGGAAGACGGCUGGAAUGGGUACAUAAACAGGGGAGGUGUGCAGAUGUCUCUAAGACUGUAGACAUCACACUAAUUUAUGUACUUCUGUGCACACUUUACCCAGUCACAUGCAUUUUUGUACAACCUCCUCGGUUGGAGAACUGUGCUGCAAAAUUAAGAGAAAUGUGGUUUUUGAAGGAUGGCUGUGUUUUGGUUCAUGUAUUGCUUCUGAAUUUUGAAGGGCCACUGUGUUCCAAUCCCUGUCUUGUUUUAGAAAGUGCUGAUGGUGCAAACUCACUUUAAAUGAGCAAUGAGUUAAUCUUCUCUCCCAUCCCUGCUCUGGAGAGGGGGUUUUAUUGGAAUUGGGGCAGCGGCAGAAAGACGUGAACUCCCUCUCCUUCUCCACCCCCGUCCGGAGGCUGCUCGGGUUCACCCACCAUCACACUGUUAUUUAUUUAAUAAGAAAUGCAUGUAAAUUGCAUUAAUGCAAUUAGAGUUGCAUCUAGUUUAGCCCUUGCUAAACAAUAGACCCAGGCCUGCUAACUUUGUCAGUAGCCACGGGUCUUUUGCAAUGUCUCAUUUAAUUUAAUGUUAAGAAACUCAGAGGAGGAGCACUAGCUGGGACAGAACAUAAGGAUCCCAAAUUGCUUUUAUCGCUCAAAUCAUACUAAAGCCAGCCUUUAGUCAUUUCCGUUUAUGGCAAACACCUACCAAUUUUAGCGUGCCAUGAAUGAAUCAGGGCUGGGCUUAUCAUGAAAUGCAUAAAGCUAAUUUGUUCAUUCUAGGAUGGGAAUCUUUUCCCAUCCUAUUUUAUUUGUACCCUGCCCAUCUGACUGUGUUGCCCCAGCCACUCUGGCGGCUUCCUGCAUAUACAGAAACAUAAUAAAACAUCAAACAUUAAAAACCUUCCUAUACAGGGCUGCCUUCAGAUGUCUUCUAAAGGCUGUAUAGUUACUUAUCUCCUUGACAUCUGAUGGGAGAGCAUUCCACAGGGCGAGCGCCAUUACCAAGAAGGCCCUCUGCCUGGUUCCCUGUAACUUCACUUCUUGCAGGGAGGGAACCACCAGAAGGCCCUCGGAGCGGGACCUCAUGUCAGGGAACUGCCAUCGGAGCUAGAGGCGGAGGGAAGGCUCCAAAGGGAUGCAGGAGAGGGUCCCAGUAGGGAGAGAGGCAGCCCAUCUGCUGGGGAAGGAAAUCAGUGUAACACCAGUGGAGAAGGGGGGCAGGUGGGGGAAUCGGGGAGCAGGCUCCAAGACUCUUCGCUGGAGACCAGCGGAGAGAGUACGGGUACUCUGCUGCCCACACCCUCCCUGCGCAGAAGACUUCCGCGCAGGGAGAGUAGGAGGAGACUUGGCGUCAAACAACUUUUAUGCUGGAAAAGGUUUAAGAAACGCCCACUGACGGAUUCUGCCAGCGACUGAGACAGUCACGAUGCUGGAGGCUGUUCAGUCAGAAAGGGUUAACCAGGUAACCUAGCCAGGAGUGGCGGCAACUUACGCACGAGCAACCCCUAAACCCGUUACACCUCAGUGUCUGGACUGAGUGAUGGGGGUGGAGAUGCUCCUUCAGGUAUACAGGGUCGAGGCUGUUUAGGCAGUUAAAGUUCAGCACCAACACUUUCAGUUGUGCUCAGAAUUUAGUUUCUCCCAUGCUCUGCACACAGACUUCUCAUGGGCAACUGGUGGGCCACUGUGAGAACAGGAUGCUGGACUUAGAUGGGCCACUGGCCUGAUCCAGCAAGGGCUCUUAUGUUCUUACUGUGUCUCAUUAAACAUAUAGCUCCAGCAUAAAGCAGUGGAGCGUUUCUGUGGGUUUACCUGAAGUACUUCUGUCAGGUGCACAGAUUUUGAAGGCCUGUAAAAACAACAACCCCAGCUUGCCAAGAAAGCCCAGCUAACCCCAUCUCUCAUAAUUUCCCACCAGAAGACGUAUGAGUUUUUAUUCAGCCGGGUCUUGUGUCAAAUUGUCAUUUUACUGGCCUUACUUUGGUGUUUUAUUGUGUUUUCAUAAUAUUUGAUCAUCUGUGUUGUUAUUGUUGUUAGCCCCCUUGAGCAUCUUUUGGUGGAAAUGCAAAUAACAAAUAAGAAACCAACACAUUUUUUAAAAAAUUACUGUUCCCCCCGAUGUCUAGUUGGGACGUGGGUGGCACUGUGGUUUAAACCACAGAGCCUAGGGCUUGCUGAUCAGAAGGUCGGCGGUUCGUAUCCCCGUGACGGGGUGAGCUCCCGUUGUUUGGUCCCAGCUCCUGCCAACCUAGCAGUUUGAAAGCACUUCAAAGUGCAAGUAGAUAAAUAGGUACCAGUCCGGCGGGAAGGUAAACGGCGUUUCCGUGCGCUGCUCUUGUUCGCCAGAAGCUGCUUAGUCAUGCUGGCCACAUGACCCGGAAGCUGUCUGUGGAGAAACGCCACUUAUAGAUCGAGAUGAGCGCCGCAACCCCAGAGUUGUCUGCAACUGGACCUAAUGGUCAGGGGUACCUUUACCUGAUGUCUAGCCUCUGAUUCAGUUGUUGCAUCUGAGCAUGCUCAUACUCAGUAGUGUUAAAAUGGGGAAAGUGUCUUGAGUUUAAUUUUUAGCGGCUGUACUGGCCCUGCAGAAAUAAGCGUGGUUACUAAAUAAAUAGAUUGCAGCUAAGUCUCAGAGCCCUUUCCUUUUUUUGUCAACAUAGGCUUGAUACUGAGUGUGGCCUUUGUGAGAACGUGGAGGCUGACAUUAAUGGCUUAUACCCCGUUUUGGAUCAACUGGCCAGCUGUAAGACUGACAUGGAAGCUGAACUGAAGUCACUGCAAGAAGAACUGUCUGGUCUCAAAAAGAACCACGAAGAGGUACAUGGUUGGCUCAACAAAAUAAGAGCCCCUCGUUUUCAUAAAAACAACGCAUGCAUGAAUUGCGUACUUUAUACAAAAAAUUGGCACAAGCCACUUUUUGACACAAAGUGCCCCCAAACAGAUUACAUUCAUGAUUUCAAACACACACACAAAUUCAAAGAGGAUUGGGCAAGCAAAUUCAUAGAGGAGAGGGCUAUCCAUGGUAACUAGCCAUAAGGUCUAUUCUCUUUCUCCAUGUAGGAAGCUAUGCUUCUGAAUACCAGUUGCUGGAAACUACAGGAGAGGAGAAUUCUCUUGUGCCCUGGUCCAGCCACCUGACUGGCCACUGUGAGAACAGGAUGCUGGACUAGAUGGACCAAUGGCAGGCUCUUUUUAUGUCGUUCCGCAGGAAAGGUUGAACAGUUGAUGCUGUGCGCAGCCAGCCCUUUUAUAAUACGGCAUGUAUAUAAUACGACAUAUAAUAAGGCAUGGUUCUCAUCAAAGUUCUCUUUGCAGGAAUUAAUCUCUUUGCAAAAACUUUGUUCAAGUGAUGUCAACGUGGAAAUCAGUGCCUGUCCCAGUCGAGAUCUGAAGAAAAUCCUGGAGGAGAUAAGAUGCAAGUACGAAGCGACGAUUGACUCAAACCGCAAGGAGGUUGCAGAGUGGUAUGAAGGCAAGGUAAAUAAAUCCAGCCCCUGUAAGGAAGCAAAACUUUAAAAGAAGAAGAAGAAGCCUGAUGGGAAAAGGGCAGGGGCUGCAGGAGUCUCCAGAAUGAUGCUGGUGGUACAAUGCUCUGAAUUGUUUUGUUAUUCACUACUUUUACACCCACACCUUCCCCCAAAGACCGAGUGUAGUUCCUCCCACCUCCUCCAUUGCAUCCUCACAACAAGCCUGUGAGGUAGGUUAGGCUGGGAGAUGGUGGCUGAUUCAAGGUAACCCAGCAAGCUUCAUGACCUUGCAUGGAGAUUGGAACCCAGGUCUCGCCACUGCUCUUCCCUUUGGCUAAUCAAAGAACUGUGCAGCAGUAUAUCCAAAAGUGCAAUGUUAUUCAGGUUGCAAUAACUAGAGCUUCUAAAAAAAGAGGGGGGGGGGGUCAAAGCAUAUACAAUCCUGGCUCAGCAUCUCUAAAAUAGAAAAGAACGUGCUCUUUUCUUUUGUUCUGCCAAAGCCAAUGUUCCGCUCCCCCGCCCCGCAUACUGAAUAGUACAUAAAACCUCUGAAAAUGCUGAUGUUUCAGUCAAUCUGUGUUUCAGCUGGAGGAAGUGAACCAGGAAAUCUGCACCACUAGCAAGGAAGCUGAGGAUGGCAACCAUAAGGCCAUUGAGCUGAAACGUCAGCUGCAGGCCUUAGAGAUUGAUCUCCAAGCCCAGCGCAAUCUGGUAAGGAGAGCGAGUGUGGGAUGCAUCUUAUUGCUCUAUCCUUUUUGCAGCUCAGAGCAACUCACAUGGUGGAGUCAUGGUGGGUCUUCCAUCCUGGGACUAAUCAAGUCCACAAAUCCCUUAGUUUCAAUCAUGCCAUGCCAUGGGGUCCUCUCCAGAUAUUCAGUGGGGACAGAUGCUUGGGUGCACAAGGUGAGAGCGCUCAGUUAACUUAGGUCCAGUAGUGGUUGAUGGGGCAGCAUGAAGCAGAGUGGCAUUGGAACACUGUUGCAAUCAUUAAUACAUAAAAUAAUUAUCUCAGUGAUCGAGCUGGGAUAUAAGGUUUCAGACAGUCCCUAAGCUACCCUAGGUUGUUCAGGGCUUUGUAAAUUAAUGGAAGAGACUUUGAACCUGGCUUGAUACUAGAUGAGGCUUCAGCAAAGGUGUCACAUGAGGGGGGGAAAAGGGUAAAGGUAAAGGACCCCUGGACAGUUAAGUCCAGUCAAAGGCGAUUAUGGGGUUGUGCUGCUCAUCUCGCUUUCAGGCUGAAGGAGCCGGUGUUUGUCCACAGACAGCUUUCCAGGUCGUGUGGCCAGCAUGACUAAACCACUUCUGGUGCAAUGGAGCACCGUGAUGGAAACCAGAGCACACAGAAACACCAUUUAGCUUUCUGCCACAACGGUAUCUAUUUAUCUAGUUGCACUGGUGUGUUUUUGAACUGCUAGGUUGGCAGGAGCUUGGACAGAGCAACAGGAGCUCACCCCGUUGCAGGGGUUCGAACCGCCGACCUUCUGAUCGGCAAGCCCAAGAGGCUUGGUAGUUUAGACCACAGCGCCACCCCCCCACAUGUUGUAGGCCACGUUGAGUAUCAUUGGCAGUCUGUUCCUCAGCAACGGAGCAAUGGAUCCAAACUACAAGAAAGAAGAUUCCACCUAAACAUUAGGAAGAACUUCCUGACAGUAAGAGCUGUUCGACAGUGGAAUUUGCUGCCAAGGAGUGUGGUGGAGUCUCCUUCUUUGGAGGUCUUUAAGCAGAGGCUUGACAACCAUAUGUCAGGAGUGCCCUGAUGGUGUUUCCUGCUUGGCAGGGGGUUGGACUCGAUGGCCCUUGUGGUCUCUUCCAACUCUAUGAUUCUAUGAACUGGCAUUCAGAGGAACAGCACCUUGAUCCUGGGGGUAGUAUACAGACAUCAUGGUUAGUAGCCAUUGACAGACUGAUUUGAUUUAUGUUCACCUAUGUACUUUCUCUCUGGUUUCUGCAUAGCUUCUGGUUCCAAAAGCUUUUCACUCAUGCCCACACAUUUAAGGCACUUAGGAUGAUGCCUCUUGUUCCCUCCUCACCCCUUUAGAGAGACACACUGCAAGUGUCCUUGGCUGAAGGAGAACAUCGCUGCAAUGCUCAACUAGCCGAAAUACAGGAUCGCAUCUCCUGCCUGGAGCAGCAGCAGGCAGAGCAGCGCUUGGAAAUGGAGGGCCAGGACCGGGAAUACAAAGAGCUCCUGGAUGUUAAGAACCGGUUGGAGCAAGAGAUCCAGACAUACCGCAGCCUGCUAGAAAAUGUGCCAGGCGAAGUACAUGCCACACCAUGA